AUAUAGCUCUCAAACAUCGUACAGUUGCUACAUGUCAUAACAUCAUCCACAUUGUACGUGUACACUGGUGGGAUAAUGUUUUGGGUAUAAAAGAAUGGAAUCUGAUAUCUUUAUACCCAGCGGUUGAAGUUAUAAGUCACCUUUUUGUUAUAUCUAAUGUAUGCUUGAAUCAUUUUAUCAGCAAGCUUUGAGGAUAUAUAUUUAUAAUUUGGAAAUAUACUAGCCAUGACGCCGUGGAUUAUUGCAGUGUAUUCGAUGAUCGCAUACAUACAACCUAUUAUUUGUUCUGAACCACAUAGAAACGUUCGACUUGUUGGAGGAUUCAACCAAUACGAAGGGAGGGUAGAAGUCUUCUGGAAUAACACAUGGGGUACAAUAUGUGAUGAUCAGUGGGACAGACGAGAUGCCUGGGUGAUCUGCAAGGAGCUGGGAUUCGGUAGUCCUCUCCAGAUCGCCAGCACGGCCCACUUCGGACCUGGACCAGGACCUAUACUGCUUGAUAAUCUGGACUGUAAGGGAACCGAGUCUAACAUUCUAAACUGCUCACAUUCUGGGAUUGGUGUUCAUGAUUGCACGCACUUUGAGGAUGCCGGUGUUGCCUGUUCACCUCCAGUUCUUUGUUUGACUGAUCCAUGUGAUAAAGGAACCUGCGUCGAUUCAGGAGAGUCCUUCCACUGCAUAUGCACACCAGGUUUUAUGGGCAAGCUCUGCGACCAAGAGGUGAACUGCACACUACCAGACAAUCUGCCCCCAGGUGCCCAUUUCGUCUCCCCUCAUUCUUCUUACUCGUAUAACGAAGUGGUGAUCGUGUCCUGUACGGACGGGCCAGGGUCGACUUCAUGGACCUGCAACCAGUAUGGCCAAUGGGACUCCCAUUAUAUACCUUGUGCUUCGCUUACAGGUGCCUAUCGCUCGGCUAAUACACAUUCAUACACCGUCAUCGGAAUCGGGUCUGCUCUUGUCGUUAUUGGUGUAGCUGUCUUCAUCUUUGCAAUAUACAUAUUGAUACGGUACAAGAGACAGCAUCGGGUUGAGAGUCUCUAUGAAAUCUCAAACUUAUCUCGCUUGGAGACAGUUCCGUCAGCAUACCUUACAAUGACCGGUGGCCCUUCUCCCAUGCCAUCACCACGACGGUCCAGUUCUGUCCUCAGCACGGAUCAUCUCAUCAAAGCCUCCAGAGCCAAUAUGGCGCUUCCACCAACCCCAACAGAGAUCGCACGGUCUCCUUUGUCCAUCACGACGUCACUUCCGUUUCCAACGACCAAUGGAAAUCAAGAACCAGAGUCUCAGUAUGAAAGACAAACCGACAAGGAGGUCGACAACCAGGCCGCGAAGCAGAGCGAGAAGCAGACUGUCAACACGAAUGAAAAGCCUAGCACGGGAAUGUGUAAUAAGCCGGUAACGAAGCCGGCAGUGACGAGAUCGUCUUCCAACUCUUCCGCGACGAAGCAGCCUGUUGCCCCCGCCCGCCCCAAGAAGCAAAACAACGAGCAACGCAGCAAGCCACUUUUCAAGUUCCCGCCACCACCGAUACCGACAACGCCUGCACCGAGUAAAACUACGCGCGCAGAUGGGACUGCGUCGUCUGCAAAUGGCGGCGUGAUGAUGCAUAAUGAUAAAAGCAAACUUUUGUCCAACAUGUCCAAGCAAAGGAGUCUCGAGGAUGAAGGUACUUCGCUUGUCGGUGGUGUAUCUGAUGGUCGCAAGAAUGUGAAGGCUGUGAAGUCACACGAACUUGGCAAAGUAAACAACGUGAAGGACGAUUUAAACAAGCCUGUAAAGUCUCCAUACUCGAAUAUGUAGCGCCCCAAAACAGCAGUUUAGAAAAUAUUAGCUUUAUGUUAGUUAUAAAGAUUGUAUAUAUCUGAAAGUUUUAUUCUAUUAUAUUGCCCUAUUUGUAUACAUGUCAUUGAAAAAAUGUGUUGUGGCCCUUUAACCCUAAAAGGACUGGGGGCAUGAUGCCCCCUCCCAACGGUUCGUAAUAUAUUUCGGAAACGCAAAAAAAAUAUUAUGACUUUUUUCUUUCAAGUCUCACGCAACUUUUGAGACCUGUUGCCCGUUUCAUAAAACUUGUUAUAAUAACAGUUUUGCAAUAACAGUUUAAAGCUACUGAAAUCCUUCAAUCUGAUUGGUUGAUUGAAUUUUGUUAAAGAAAUCGUGCAUUUGUUACUAUAAUAAUUAAGUGUUUAUGAAACGGAACCCAGAUUCGUGACAUACGGGUAAGUAUCGCGACGCCACGUGACUUUUAAUGAGCUAAUGUGAUGCCGAAAUGGCUAUUUUUUACACUUUGUGUACAAAGUCUAUGGGAGAUAAAAUUCAUGAAAAGGUGAUUAUUUUUCUUUCUAAUUGGUCUGCUGAAUGAAUUUAGGGUUUGAUUUAGAUAUUACAUAAGUUAAUACAUAAAAUUUUUUAAUACAAAGAAAUAUAUAAGAAAAAAUUUGGCCUUCACAAUUUUUCUUUGUGGAAACCUUUAAAUAAGAUUACAUAGAUGACGUAUGGGAAAUGGUGAAAAGUUUAAGUGAAAUUGGGUGAUAAAAAUUCUAGUAUGUACUAAUAAAUAGUAAAUACUAGUAUGCGAAUAAUGUUUUUCACAACUAAAUUUGCAUAUUUCAUUCAUAAUUAAUAAAAAAUAUAUAUUUCUUGGUUUUUUUUUUUUUAAUACUGGCUUGUAGUUUAUGUGGUAAAGAAUGUGCGUGCCAAAUUUUGACGCAAUCGCGCGAACGGCGGCCGACAUCAGAGGGGGCAUCAUGCCCCCCACCCCGUCCUCAAUACAUCUCAAAUAGCCCAGUCCUUUUAGGAUUAAUCAAACUUAUAUUGUAUAUUUUGAUGAUACAUUGUAAUUAUGCAAAAAAAUAGAUAAUACACAUACGCACCCUGCAAACCAACCUCUAAAUAAUGUCGUGAACCCUUUUUCACUGAGAAAAGGUGACUGAGGGUUACAGUUAGUGCCGUUGCUCUGAAGGAUGCACCAUCCUCUAUCUUUCUCUUUGUGAACACUGAAAAAGUAUACAAGACAAAAUAAAAUGAUAUGGGUUUAUAAACGACGUUAAGAAAAGAGUUGAUAUUUCAGGCACGGAUACAGCCUGGGCCACAGGGGCUCUUGUUAUCAAAUUAAUAUGAAUAAAUUAAACCAAACACAUUUAGCUAGCAUAAUAAAUAAGAUGAAAAUCAUUUGUAACCUCGUAACAAAAUAAUGACAUUUUAGUGUUUCUUAGUUUCACGAAACGGUUAUACAAAGUGUGAUUAUUAUUAUUAUUUAUCAUUAUGCAAAUUAGAAAGCUGAUGCCAGCACACUUUCAGUGAUUUACCAUUUAUUUUGUAUUUAUGAAACGAAAAUGAAAUUAUAUAUAUUAUUGAUAAGAAGCUCUCUUGAAUGACUAAAUCACUCCAUAGUUCUAAUAGUGCCGAUUUCGAAUGUAAUUUGAAAUUUAAAAAGAAAGAUAAUGGUAACAUUAUCACCGCCUUCAUUCGCUGCACUGGUGAAUGGAAGGGAGUAGCGAUUUAAACUGGGGCCAUUUCAAUGGAAAGGGGGAGAAAAAAAAGGAAAGGGGAAAGGGUUAAAAAUGAUGUAUCAUUUUCUUUAAAACUACGGUCAAAAUCUACCACAAAAUUUGGUUUCGUGUAUUGAGAAAAAUCAAAAUAUUUGAUCGCUUGUAUAGCUUUUCAAAAAAUUCGCCCAAUACGCAAUGUCUGGCCCCCGCAAAAAAAUCGUACCAUGCUUGUUUAUUAUUCUCUUUUUAUUGAAAUAAAAUUGGUGCCGGAGUGGACAUUCCCAUUAAACUUAAAACAACAUUAUAUCUGGUUGAUAAGACUUAUUUUUAUAUAGCCUGAAUAAUUUCGUGAUGUGUCAUAUUAAUUUCACAGUGUGAUCAACAUUAUCAGCAGAUCCAAAUAAACAUGCUCUGAUAUUUCUAUAUUUUGUCUUAAAUGUAGACUAUUGGUGAUCGGGUAGUGUUUCUACUCUGAUUUAAAAAUCAUACUCGCAAAUUUGUUUGUGUACAUUGUAUCCAUGGGUGUCGAUCACGGGGGGAUGGGGGGAUAUAUCCCCCCAAUAUUUCAAGUGGGGGGGAUGGCCUGUAUUAUCAUCCCCCCGAUAAUUUAGGGUAGAAAAUUUAUAAUAAUGAUGAUGAAAAAAUGAAAAGUUUGAUCAUGAUGAUUAUAGUGAUGAUUAUAGUAUGCCAUCAAUCAGUUUGUUUCCCUCGCAAUUUGUGUAUAUUGUUAUUAAAUAAAAACAUUAUUUUCCAGGACUUUUAAACAGAUGGGUGGAGGUUCAAGAUGAAAAAGAAUGAAAUGUUUAUGUAUAUGAUAUUUUUUAACACAUGACAUAAAAGGACCCUGACGAAAAACAACUUUUGUUUAUAGGGUGUUCCAUCCCACCAGUGGUAAUAUGAUCAUAUUUUUACAAUUUUUUAAUAAGUGAAAUCAAUUAAUGGUUUCAGAAAGAAUAAUCAUUCAUUUCUCUCUAAAGCGUAUCUUCGGAUAUGAACAUCGGAUGUUUUUUUUCCAUGUUAUUCUUGUUAUUGUUAUGGACUUGAAUAACUAAACUUGAUUGAUUUUUUCUUAUUUUGGCAAAAAGAAAUCUGUUUUGAGUUUGGAAAGGGAUGACAGUUUUGCAUUCUAUAUGAGCACACUCAUGCGGUACGUAAAUUUCAUUUUAACACAUAUAUUAGCUGAUAUUACACACUGAUGGUUCAAGAAAAUGUUGGGAGAAAUAUCAUAACAUGACAGUUGAGUUUUGAUUGUUUUUAUGUUUGUUUUUGUUUCAUGCACUUAUAAAGCAUUUAAAACAUGUUAAAAUCCAUGGUUAAAAUCGUCUAAGGAAUGACGGUAAGCCCGAUGCGGGGCCCGAUGGCGCACGAGAAGCCACACAGUUUGUAAUCUGUGCUAGUCUUAAUUUGUCCGAAUCUGCAUUUUAUCAUCAUGCAUUAAGAAGAAAAAAGAUAAUGCCAGUCGGGUUAGAUUUAAAAGAGAAGUUGUAUACAUCAUGUUCAAUAAACAGAUCACUUUGUA